UCUCGUCCAUAACUAACAACAUGCGUAUUCUUGCUUUGGUAGCACUUUGCUUCGUGACCGUAGCAGCGGUCCCCUCCAGAGGUCAACGGAUUAUGGGAGGUUCUGUCACUACAAUCGAUCAGUAUCCCACUAUCGCUGCAAUUUUGUAUGCAUUUAAUUGGGUCUCUUUUGAACAUAUUUGUGGGAGCACCAUCUUAAACAAUCGAUCCGUUCUCACCGCUGCUCACUGUCUCGACGGUGUUGCACCAGGCCAAUUAAAAAUCCGUGUAGGUUCGUCUUUUCGUAGUAGCGGCGGUGUUGUUCACAACGCUAUUCAAAACAUUAUGCACCCUGCAUACAACUUUAGAACUUUUGAUAAUGACAUUGCUAUACUCCGCUCCGCCACCGCUUUUUCGUUCAACAACAAUGUCCGCGCUGCGUCAAUCGCUGGUGCCAACUACUUCCCUGGUGACAACCAAGCUGUCUGGGCAGCUGGAUGGGGCGACACUUUCUCCGGGUCAUUGACUGGCUCCGAGCAGCUCCGUCACGUCCAGGUUGUAGUUAUCAACCAAAACACUUGCAGAAACCAGCACGCCAACACUAUCUACUCAAUCACCGACAACAUGUUGUGCUCUGGCUGGCCCUCUGGUGGUCGCGACCAGUGCCAACGUGACUCUGGUGGUCCUCUCUACCACAAUGGUGUGGUUGUUGGUGUCUGUUCUUUUGGUAUUGGCUGUGGUGAUGCUAAGUUCCCUGGAGUGAACGCUCGUGUAUCUCGUUAUUCCUCUUGGAUCACAGUUAACGCAUAA